UACAACCCCAUAAUAAAACCCUUUCCUCCAGCCGUCCAGCGGCCGCAAGUCUUAACAGCAGAUGGACUUGAACUUCGCGUAGCUGACGAUAUCAUCAUUUCAUCGCCAUUAUCAUCCAAUCGACGCCGGGAAGUUUCGAUAGAGGGAAACCCGGGAUCAGGGUACAAUUACACAACAUGUAUAUUUACUCAGGCAAAAGAUAAAGAUACGGAGCUGGUUUUCGAGCAAAUCUUGGGAGCUUUUCCAAACCCUAGCACAGCCGGAGCACCGGCGCCUGGUCUCCGCUUUCCUUCAAUAAGUGCGAUAUUCCUCCUCCGGGAGGAGCAAACAGUGAGAGAAGAUGAGGAUUAUGAUAAAGGGUGGAGUAUGGAAGAACACGGAGGACGAGAUCCUCAAGGCUGCGGUCAUGAAGUACGGCAAGAACCAGUGGGCCCGUAUCUCCUCCCUUCUUGUUCGUAAGUCCGCCAAGCAGUGCAAAGCUCGUUGGUAUGAGUGGCUCGAUCCUUCCAUCAAAAAGACUGAGUGGACUAGAGAAGAAGAUGAGAAGCUGCUUCACCUUGCAAAGCUUAUGCCCACACAGUGGAGAACCAUUGCUCCUAUUGUGGGGCGUACACCAUCACAGUGCUUGGAACGCUAUGAGAAGCUCCUUGAUGCAGCGUGUGCCAAGGAUGAGAACUAUGAUGCUAAUGAUGAUCCAAGGAAACUGCGGCCAGGAGAGAUUGAUCCAAAUCCAGAAUCGAAGCCUGCUCGUCCUGAUCCUGUUGAUAUGGAUGAAGAUGAGAAAGAGAUGCUUUCUGAAGCACGUGCACGGCUUGCCAACACAAGAGGCAAGAAAGCCAAAAGGAAAGCCAGGGAGAAACAACUUGAAGAGGCUAGGAGGUUAGCGUCUUUACAAAAGAGGAGAGAGUUGAAGGCAGCUGGAAUUGAUGCUCGACAUCGAAAGAGAAAGAGGAGGGGCAUUGACUAUAAUGCUGAGAUUCCCUUUGAGAAGAAACCUCCUCCAGGUUUUUAUGACAUUGCUGAUGAAAACCGUCCAGUGGAACAACCUAAGUUCCCAACAACUAUUGAAGAACUUGAAGGUGAAAGACGAAUAGAUAAGGAGGCGCGUCUGAGAAAGCAGGAUAUUGCUAGGAAUAAGAUUGCUCAAAGGCAGGAUGCCCCAUCAGCCAUACUCCAUGCCAACAAGCUUAAUGAUCCAGAAACAGUGAGGAAGAGGACUAAACUGAAUCUUCCUGCUCCACAGAUUUCAGACCAAGAAUUGGAGGCGAUUGCUAAAAUUGGCAUUGCGAGUGACCUCAUUGGGAGCGAGGAACUCACAGAAGGGAAUGCUGCCACACGUGCCCUCGUUGCAAGUUAUGCCCAAACUCCAAGGCAGGGAAUGACUCCACUAAGAACACCACAAAGAACACCUGCAAACAAGCAGGAUGCUAUAAUGAUGGAAGCCGAAAACCAAAGAAGAUUGAGUCACUCCCAAACACCACUACUGGGAGGAGAGAACCCAAUGUUGCAUCCAUCGGAUUUUUCUGGUGUGACUCCUAAAAAAAGGGAGAUUCAUACGCCAAACCCCCUCUUGACUCCUUCAGCAACUCCAGGGGGGGCUGGUCUUACUCCUAGAACUGGCAUGACCCCUUCAAGGGAUGGAUAUUCUUUUGGCAUGACCCCUAAAGGGACUCCAAUGAGGGAUGAACUCCACAUUAAUGAAGAAAUGGAUAUGCAUGAUGGGACAAAAGUUGGGCGUUCAGAUUCCAGACAGGAAUUGCGUGCCGGUUUAAAAAGCCUACCACUUCCCAAGAAUGAAUACCAGAUUGUCAUGCAACCUCUUCCUGAAGAGAGUGAGGAACCGGAAGAGAAGGUUGAAGAGGAUAUGUCUGACAGGGUUGCAAGAGAGAAGGCUGAAGAAGAUGCAAGACAACAAGCAUUACUAAAGAAAAGGUCAAAAGUGUUGCAGAGGGGUCUCCCAAGACCACCUCCUGCUUCGUUGGAGCUAAUUAGGAAUUCUUUAAUAAGAUCUGAUGAAGAUAAGAGCUCCUUUGCUCCUCCUACAGCAAUUGAGCUGGCUGAUGAGAUGAUAAGAAAAGAGCUUCUAUCUUUGUUAGAGCAUGAUAACGUGAAGUACCCAGUUGAUGAGAAACCUGAUAAGGAGAAGAAAAAAGGAUCCAAAAGAAAAUCAGUUAUUGUGCCCAUUAUUGAUGAUUUUGAUGAAGAUGAGCUCAAAGAGGCUGAUACUUUGGUCAAGGAAGAGGCUCAAUUUCUGCGUAAGGCAAUGGGACAUGAGAGUGAAUCUCUUGAUGAAUUUGUUGAAGCACACAAAACAUGCUCAAGUGAUAUCAUGUAUUUCCCCACAAGGAAUGCAUAUGGUCUCUCCAGCGUUGCUGGAAACAUGGAGAAACUUAGUGCUCUACAAUCUGAAUUUGAGAGUGUCAAGAAGAGAAUGGAUGAUGACACUAAGAAGGCACAAAAACUUGAGCAAAAGGUUAAAGUUCUAACAAAUGGAUACCAGUUCCGAUCUGCAAAAAUAGGGUUGCAAAUAGAUGCAAUGUUCAAGCAAAUGGACACCGCGGGGACCGAACUUGAAUCUUUCAAAGUGUUGCAAAAGCAAGAGCAGAUUGCAGCAUCAAACAGAAUCAAUAACAUCUGGGAAGAAGUCCAGAAUCAGAAAGAGCUGGAGCGUACCCUACAGAAACGGUAUGGAGGCCUCUUAGCAGAGAAAGAAAGAAUUGAGCGUCUCAUGGAGGAACACAAAAAGCUAGAAGAAGCCCAGGCUGAAAAACAUGCUCUUCUUGAAAUGGCCAAUGCACAGGCUGAUGAUAAAAUCGUUGGUCCAGAGCCAAUGGCCUUAGUUGAGGAAGAAAACUCAAAUUGUGAAGAAACUCGAAGCGUGAAGAGGGGUGAUGGUGAUGGUGAUGGUGAUGGUGAUGGUGAUGCUCAGGAACAACUGAAAGGAAGCCCUAAAGCUGGAAUGGAUAUGGACAUGACAUCACCAGGAGGAGAUGAAAACCCAACCAGUGGCAAUGAUCACGGAGGAACUUCUUCAUCUGAUGAUUUUCAGUCCGUUAAACCUUCUGAUGUGGAGUCCUCAAUGCAUGUCGAGAAUGUAUCCCACAGCUUCGAAGAUGGCGGUGUUGACAUAUCUGGCAAAACGCAGUCUCCAAGUGAAGAUGAUAACCCAACUAGUGGAAAUAAUCAAUGUGAAGCUUCUGCAGCUGAUGUUUCUCAGAACAUUACACCUGCUGCUGAUGUGGACUCUGUGGAGAAUAUAAAAAAUGCACCCAGCAGCUCGAUAGAUGGCAUUGUCGAUGAUAAUAAGAAUCCAACUAAUGGUAGUGAUCUUGGUGAAGCUUCUUCAACUGGUGUUUCUUCAAUCGUUGAGGCCCAGGGCUCAUGAGCUUGCAGAUAUAUAUAUUUCCUGAUGAACACUUGUGCUUGUUGGGAAACAUAUAUGAGAUGCGUUGAUGGGUGUUGGUGACUUGGGGUUCCUUUAUCCUAAAAGGCUAAAAGUGUACUGCAAUUAUGUAUGUUUGGCUCAAAGCACUGAAUUCUUUAGCUGUUGUUAUACAUGUUGAGAUUUUUGGCGGAGGCAGACUAUUUUUUGGACUAUAUAAGCAUUGGAUAUCAUGCGAGAGAACCUUACCCUUCUUUUCCCCGACCUUUUGUAGGCACAAAACAUUCACUAUCUACAGAAUGAGACAAAGUUUCAUGUCUGUCAGCUUGAAACUUGACGGUACGGUUGCCAGGUUGGUGUGCAAUAAACGCACAAAUUCGUAUGUUUAAUACACGUGUGCUGAGAAUCUGAGAUGAAUUGAAUUAUUGAAUAGAUUGAAUGGUUGAAUCAUUCAACAAGCUUAAUCCUCUAAGUGCGUUUUAUAUGUACUAGUAAACUCACUCGUGCGAUGCACGGUCGGAAAAUUUUUCUUUCAAAUUUUUUUGUGCUCAUUAAUUCAAAUACA